GUACAAUUAUUGUUAUUAUCAUCAUCAUCGUUACCUAUACACGCGCGUAGGAUGACCAUAUGCCGUCUGCCGGCACGCGCUUCCGCGUCAAUGAGUGUUCGGGGCUCGUGCCGUCAACUGCCGCGCCGUCUGUUUAAGUGCCCAAUAAUAAUAAUAACGAUAAUAAUACAUAAUAUAGUGCCGUCGGUGUCGUCUGCGAUCGUAUUUCGCCCGCGAGUUUUUUUCCACACUUAUUAAAAUCAUUUAUGUUUAUAUUAUACGUAUCCAUUGGCUGUGAAUUUAUCGUACAUAAUAUUAUAAUUAAUUGUGCUAUACCGUCAUGAUUAUAUAUGUAUACUUACACGAAUAGCAAACGUACAUAGCUGGAUUGAAUUGUAACAUACAUAUACCUACGGGUAAAACACCGCCUACGCUUUAUCAACAGGUACAGCAAGACAACACUAUAUAUAUCAUAUAUAUAACUGUCCGAUAUAUUGCAGGUUUACUGCAGCAAUACCGGCGAAUGGUGGUCGAAUAACCUGGCCGACGAUGGAUAUGGUUCAGUAUCGUCAUCAUCAUCAGCACCAGCAGCACCAGCACCAGUCGUUCGACACGCACCAGCUGGGACAUUUCGCUGCGGGGGCGGUCGACUACGCGCACGGUUCCGGCGGCCCGGGAAAUUCGAACGGAAACGGCGAAUCGCCGUCCAGACACGGCGCGUACUGGCAGUGGCAACACUCGUCCGACGGUUCGUCGUCCGAAGGGUACAAUCACGGGCAGCGCGCGUUCUUCGACGACUCCGCGGACCGCGGCUACUGGGACGCGACUGCGAGCUGCGGUAGUCCGCCACCGCCGUCGACCCGACUACCGCCGCCGGACGGCGAAUGCUCGUUCACCGGUCAUCUGCAGCUGUUGAAUCCACUGUCGUCCCAGCGCGGUGACCGAUGGAAUCGUUCCUAUUUCAGACAAUCAAAUGACUACAUAUCAACAAAGCCUAACGGCAAAGAGUGUGUAUCGCCAACAAUAGCAAGAAAAAGACGUUUAGCAGCUAAUGCAAGAGAACGUCGUCGCAUGAAUGGCUUGAAUGAAGCAUUUGAUAGACUCCGUGAGGCUAUACCAACUUCUAUAGAGGAUGAACAUAAAUUAUCAAAAUAUGAAACACUACAAAUGGCUCAAAGUUACAUAUCAGCGUUAUGCAACUUAUUGGAUCAGGCUCAUAAAUAAAAUAUAAUUUAUUACUCAAUUGUCAAUUUUUUUACACAUAAAAUAUUUUCUAGUCACAUAACAUUUUUUUCUUUUUAUUUUGUCUAUUUAAUAAAAAUAAUAAUGAAAAAGCAAUUAAAUACAA